AUGUGUAAUGUUUUGUUAAGCGGAGGCAUUAUUUACACUCCGUCGGCGCCGGUGCGCUCAGAAUCGACGUUAAAACGAAAUACUACGAUGUUGCUUGCUUUAAUUUUGUUCAAUUUGCUUUCGCUGUUUGGGGCGGACGCGGCAAGGCAAAGGCGGUACCUCGUGUACCCAGACGGUGGCCCAGCCAGAGCACAGUUCAUCAUCGGUCUCGGUGUGCCAGUUGACCUGAAGGAGCAGUCAGUAACCGUGGGUACAGUAAUAAAGUUCCAAUAUGAUUUGCCUACAAACAGCACUGAAUACACAAGCAGGAUUUACGGUUUCGCUGGAACAGUCUCCAGGGACAUGAACGAAGACAAUCCAACAAAAGACGUUUCAAAUGAAAUAGAUUCAGACGAGUCAAGACAAAUAGACGAGACAGAAGAUCUUGUAACUGAGGAACCCGAGGGAGACAACGAUACGUUAGUUGAUCUGACGUUUGAUGAUAGACGAAAGAGGUCCCUUGUUUAUUCCGAGAAUGCUGUACUAAUUACUGAUAGUAGUACUACCAGUAAUGAUUUGUCAUUAGAAGAAGCUAUUAAAAAACAAGAAAUGAUUGAUCAGAACGCUUUGGAAGAAGAAGAGGAGCCGCAAAGAAUGAAUCGGUGGGACUUCUACAAAGUAAUUGAACGAAUGGUUGAAAGGUACGGGUAUUCAGGCCGGCCGUGCUUGCUUCGAACAAUCUGCGAGGCUGCCGAGGUACCAUUCACCCAUGAAAACGGUUUGCUCGGCGAAAUUGGACAUAUUCUAUUCACGCCAUCAACCACGAAGGACACUCUGUCCCAUCAUACGGACAACGAAUACCAUGCAGCUGAGAGACUGGGUAGAGAAACAGGAGUUAACUGCGAGGAUCUAUUCCCAGAAUGCGAAGGGUCUAUCCUAGAAACUUUUACGCAGAUUGGAGAGGACACAUUGCAUAGAUUUGGGUUCUUGUAAUAUUUUAGAACUUUUGGAAUAGUAG